AGACACGAGUGCGCGCGUAUAAAGACAGAGAAACGACACAUCCAAAGGGUGCCAGAGAGGAGCGCACACCGCCGUCCACGUCCACGCACUCAGCCCGGGUCUCAGCGCACCUCCACGGUCCACAUAAAAUCAUGUCUGCCCCAGCCACUGGAGCUCCUGCACCAGAGGGAGGGAAUCAGCCCCCUCCCAACCUCACCAGCAACCGUCGUCUGCAGCAGACGCAGGCGCAGGUGGAUGAGGUGGUGGACAUCAUGCGUGUAAAUGUGGAUAAGGUUCUGGAGCGUGAUCAGAAGCUGUCAGAACUGGAUGAUCGGGCUGAUGCCCUGCAGGCUGGAGCUUCUCAGUUUGAGACGAGUGCUGCAAAACUGAAGAAUAAAUACUGGUGGAAAAAUGCAAAGAUGAUGAUUAUCCUGGGUGUGAUAUGUGUGAUUGUCCUCAUCGUCAUUAUUGUGUACUUCAGCACCUAAGAAGAGUUCCGCCUACCCCAGUUUGAUCCUGACUACCUUGCUACAGAAAAAUGCAGAAAUUGAUGACAAAACAAAUCACUGAUAAUUACUUUAGCAUAUGUCUUUCCCCAGUUAGCCUCGAUAUAAC